CCCAGAGUUUAAAGUGAGUAGACAUCAGCGGUGGAGAUGUAGAGAUCAGCCGCCAUCUCCACGUGUUGGUCCACUCUGCAGCUCAGUCACAUGGAAGUACAGCGGGACACACGCGCAGAGAAAAACUCUCCUCGUUAACUAAUGAGCAGGAUUAUUUUGGAGGCUGGCUGCACUCUCCUGUUCAUCAUGGAGGCGGUGGCUCUUUUCUCCUUCACAGCGUCGGAAGCAGACGAGAUCAGUUUCCAGAAAGGGGACGUCAUCAAGGUGACAGAAAUGGAGGAUGAUUCUUGCUGGUUCACAGCAGAGAUCCGGGGGAAGCGUGGCUACGUGCCAGAGAACUACAUUUCCCUCCUUCCUUAUCCGUGGUUUGCAGGCCGGGUGUCCAGGCUGGAGGCUGAGAAGCGUCUCCGCUGGCAGGACACUGGAGUGUUCCUGGUGAGGGAGAGUGAAUCAGCUCCUGGAGAGUUUUCUGUCUCUGUCAGCUACGGCGACAGGGUGGAGCAUUUCAGAGUGCUGGAGGGGGGCGGUCAGUACUGCAUCUGGGAAGAGUCGUUCUGCUCCCUCAACCGGUUGGUGGACUUCUACAGAACUCACAGCAUCGCGGCGGAGAAAGUGAUCUGCCUCAGAGACCCUCCCUCGUCCCCUCGCCUGCUCUCCCCGCCGGGACGUAACCCUUAUCCCAACCCUUACAGAAGCAGCUCCCAGGAGUCCCUCCUCUCAGCCCGCCUCUACUCUCACCCAGAGAGGGAGUCCUCCCCUCGUCUGCUGGGGAAACGCCGCCUGGCUCAUGCCCUCUGCGACUACACCCCCCCACACACCGCUCACCUCCACUUCCUGCGGGGCGACAUCAUCGACCUGCUGGACUGCUCGAGCUCGCUGACCUGGAGGGGGCGCUGCCGAGGCCGAGUGGGAAUCUUCCCACCAGAACUGGUCCAGCCGCUGUACCACUGAGGACAUAUCGAACCCAACACUGCGUCGCUGGUUCUCAGGCGGUUGUGACUUACCUUCCUAUCCCACCACUGAACAAGCCAGGAAACAGCUGGUCCAGUAAAUGAUUAGUCCGGCGACACAAGUAAAGUACUUGACAGCGAUUUGAUUGAAACAGUAUCUUCUGCAAAAGUUAGAACAGUUCUCAGUGCUCCUGAAGAUUUGCAGGGACACAGAGCUGAAAUCACAUCAGUGAUCCCGUUUGAACUGGGCCAAUGAAUCACACGUAUGAUGUUUGUCAAUUUAAAAUAACAUUUUUAAAGCCAAUAAAGUUGUUGUUUGUCCUAAAGAUGAUUCAGUAUAAUCUAGUCUUGUACAUUGUCUCGCUCAACGCCAACAUGGCUGCCAACUAGACACAGAAAACCACAAUGAAUCUGGCCAUAUUGACAGCUGCAGUUUUGGGAAAGGGGAGUUGGUAAGUUCUGUGAUAAACAGGGCCGACGCUAUAAAGAUCUGGGUUUUGGUGAUUGUUCAACGAGAGGACGUCUUGGGUGUGUAGUCUUUAUAAUCAUAUAGACAAAGAACAAAACGUUAUCAUAGAAUUGACAAAUAUCAUACGUGUGAUUCAUGGGCCCAUGGUAAGGGGCAGGACUUCGCCUCUACUUGCUCCACUCAGGAUUUAGUAUCGUUUGAAUCUGAAGACAGUCGGUGAGUUUUUACUGUCACUGUUAAUCCGAGCUGAUCAAACCACACUGACGCCAUCCUGAUUAGUUUUUCAGGGUUAAAAUCAAAGCGAAAACUUUUUUUUAACUUGCUCACCUGCUUACUUUUUUAAUAAUUGUUGCUUAAAAAGUUUGACAAAGCUUUUUGUGGCACCGAAAAGAAGCUGUGUGGGGCCUAAUAAGUUGCCUCAAGUGAUGUCACUCGAGUCAGCAUCGUUUGGAGGAAAAAGAGUUUGAAAUGGAGUCGGAAGAUGUGAGCUUAUCCAGAACUCUGCAGCCCGCUCCUCAUCUCUGUUUG